CAUCUAGUUUAUUGACAGAACUCAGUAAAAUUUAGAAUACUGCGAAUGGAAUGUUUUAUAAAGCUGCCAGGAGUGAGAAAUGAGGCGAUGUGUUACAAUGCUUACUACGACGAGGUUAAGCAAUGUAGCUAUGGAUGUUGCGGAACCGACCUGGAUGUUGAAUGCUGCCUACCGUCAAGACUUGCAGCCAUUGCCGCCGCUGUCAUUUCAUUUUUUGUCAUACUGACAGCUGUUGUAGUCGUUAUAUGCUACCGGAAGCAGAGGGCGCUUAAACGGAUCUUAGAUACCGGAAGUAGACCAUCAAUUACAAAUGACCGAAAUUUACAUCAUGCUACGAUGGUCAACUUAAAUCCACCACGAUGGACACCGUGCAAACACAGAAUAGCUCCACCUCCAUAUAUAGAAGCCCCGCCUCCUUACACCGCUGUCAACGUAGACAAUUUCAAACAAACUUCGGAAAACUUACAACUCUGUCAAUCAGCACCGCCAUCUUACAUAAACAGUAACGUACAACAUGGAUGCAUUAGUCCAAACCCCCGGACUUCACAGCAAUAUCACGAACCACCGCCGCAAUAUGGUGUUUAUGCUGAUCUUGCUCACAACCUUGAACAGAGGACGUAACCUACAUGCUAAAUAUAGUUUGUGAAACUUACAUAAACAAUCUGUUAUAAGUUUGAUACGGUUACAUGUGGAACACAUUUCAUCGGGAAGAUACAACAAAGAUGUAUUUUAUAUAUAAAUUUGUUAAAAUAAAAUACCUUUUUAAUUUUUUACAUUGUAUUUACAUUUGGGCGUAGUUUUUUAUAAAAUUCAAACUAAAAGCUCUUCUUGUACCUACUUAUAACAUAUUUCUUCAUAGUAUAAUACCUGUAUUACAUUAAGAUAAAUUGCACUUUUAUUAACGUUGCAACAUGUGGUGUCCUUAACAAGAAUGGACAUGUAAA